AUGUCAUUGAUUGACUCUGUCAUCGAUGAUGAUGAUGAGUUCUGCCCCCUGUGCAUUGAAGAGUUUGAUCUCUCCGACAAGAAUUUCAAGCCGUGCCCGUGUGGAUAUCAGAUCUGCCAAUUCUGCUACAAUAACAUUAAGACGCAGAAUGAGGAAGGAAGAUGUCCUAACUGCCGGCGCCGAUAUGAUGAAAGUACCAUCCAGUACAAGAUACCGGACGUUGAGGAAUUCAAAGCGGAUCUGGCUUUGAAACACCGCAAAGCGGCCGCCGCCAGAAAGAAGGAAGUCGAAAAGCGCGAAAUCGAGACUUCUAGUCGAAAGAAUUUAGCCGGCGUCCGAGUCGUCCAGAAGAACCUUGUCUACGUUAUUGGCCUCAAUCCUACGAUCCGAGACGAAAACCAGCUACUUCAAACACUUCGUGGUCGGGAAUAUUUCGGUCAGUAUGGCGAGAUCGAGAAGAUCGUGGUUAGCAAGGCGAAGCCCGGUGGCAACCCCAACCAAGGAAUCGGCGUUUAUGUGACUUUCUCGCGCAAGGCCGAUGCUGCGAUGUGUAUUAACGCCGUGGACGGUUCUGGGAAUGGUGACCGGGUUCUCAGAGCGCAAUAUGGAACAACUAAAUAUUGCUCAUCCUUCCUGCGCAACGAGCAGUGCAAUAACCGAAAUUGCACCUUCUUGCACGAAACCGGGGAGGACAGCGAUAGUUACAGCCGCCAGGACCUCUCGUCGAUGAACACGAUCUCGACUCAACGCCAGAACCUCCCUCCGCCUAACCACGGGCGAUCAGCCCAACCGAUUUCCCAUCCCAUGCGCCGCCAACCCAGCAAGGAGGACUCAAUCAGCAGUCGCGGGGGCAUACCAGACGGCCCGGCUCUCCCGUCGUCUGCUAGUUGGGCUAACAAAGAUGCUGCAAUUCAUCGAGCCAGAAGGGCUAGUCUUACGGGCAGUCAGGCAUCUAAUAGCCCACGGCCUGCGACGGUCAAUGUUGCAACUCCAACUGAAGAACCAAAGCGAGUAGAAAAGCCCUCUCCAAUUACAUCCCAAGUCGAACCUCAAACCCCUGCAUCGAAGCCACGUCCUCGCCGUGCAACUCAACCCCCGAAGCGACCGUCGCCAUUCGAAGCUCUGAUCAAGGACAUCAACUCGCCAGAUUUCAAGUUCACUUUCAGCAUGGCCGGGUUGAGUGCCGAAGAAGCGAAAUUGAUAAAAGAUUACCCGUCUUUCAUCGAUCCGUAUGGCGGCGUCAAGCGCAGGGCUAUGCGCGAGAAAGUCGAGCAGGAGCGUCAGAGUCGCGAACAGGAACUGCUUCAAUCCGUUGCAGCUGAAGAGGACAGUCGUGAAGCCGGCAGUCUGCAGCUAGGUGGCGAGCCAGAGGAGAUUAAUCCCCCGCGGAAUCGCCAAACACGGGAGUCUCACGGUGCUAUUCAACCCCCUUCACAGCAGGACACUGCAGACAAUUCAACGGUUGGAUCUCCUGUCUCUGCGACGAGUCAUCAAUUCCAGGGUUUGAACCUCGCUGGGCGAAGCCUAACUCCUCUACAACAACAGCAGUUGAUGCUCCUCAAGUCAGCCGGUAAUCAACAAGCUGGUCUGGCCGAUCCUUUAAGCUCUGCCGCUCUGGAGCAGGCCGCUCAGGCUCGUCAAGGCCUUGUGCACAACCAGAUGGCACAAUUCAAUGCGCUGCAGGCAGCACAGCACCGACAGUCUUCCCGAUUUUCUUUCGCCAGCGAUGCCGGUUCCAAGAAUAUGCCCAAUGCGCGCAUGUUGAGCCAGCUGCAAUCUGCCUCUCCUAAUCCUCUUUCCGCUCCAAGCCCUCAACAUGGUCUUGCAGCGAGCGGCUUCUAUGCCAGUGGUGUCCAAGGUCCGCCGCCAGGCCUAAAGACCGCUGGCACCCCUCCGAUUAGUGGCGGUGGAAUGUUCGCUCAGGGACAUGGGUUCACCUCUGGGCUUGGCGCCAACGGUGUGAAGCAAGACCCAACUCCGGAGCUCAUGCGUGAGCUUCUGCGUGGACGAACUGGUACGAACGUUGGUGGAUUACAAGGCCAGGAGGCUGCUAAGCGUGAGUUCAUGUUUCCUUUCCUUCCACAGCACAAUACCCCGCCCCCCAUGACUCCUGCCAAUGGCCUUCUCGGCUCCUUCUACGGGCCCCCAACGGGUGCAAUGCCUGAUUCGGGUGGUCCGCAGAAGCAGAAGAAGAAGGGGAAGAAGCACAGACACGCUAACACUUCCUCCGGUGGAGGUGGUGUAGUAGAUCUUGCGGACCCGAGCAUUUUACAAGCGAGAAUGCAUCAGAUCGGUGCGAAUGCUACAGUUGGGCAAGCGUUGUACGGGAGUCAGGGUCAAGGUGGGUACAACUCCUCGAUGGUGUAUGGUGGUGGCAUCAUGAAUGAAGAUUUCCCACCUCUUAUGGAUCAAUCCAAAGAUUGGCGGACCGUUGACAGCUUUGGGUUUCUGAAGUCUCAGUUGCCUAGCGAGUCAGCAGGUCGUGCUGGGACCCCAACCCUACCACCUGGCCUGCCUUUGCCCCAUGCUCAUCCCUCGUCUUCCGUCUUUCAUGAACAUGCUGGUUCCUCGCAGCCGUCCUCUCCUGCUCCAAUCCUGCCCCCUGGUCUGACAGACAGUAUUUCACGACUUAACAGUCCCUCGCAGAACAACUCCAUUGCUAGCCCGUCCCGUCCCUUGAGUCCCGAACUCAACGCGACCGGCCUUCUAAAGUCCAGCCGCGUGAAAGAUGCUUCUCAAAUCUCUCUCGGCUCGCCCGUGCAAAAGUCCGCGAGCAAGGCUCGGUUACAGCAGAAAAGCGAGUUCAAAGAUGGUCCCGAUUUCAAAGACCCCCCUUCCAAGGCAGCGAAUCAGUCGCAACCGACUUCUGCCACAUCCAGAGGGAGUCCACUUGAUUUUGCUAUGCCAUUAGCCCCUUCAACCAAGAUUGAGCCAGUACCGCGUCCUGGCUCUGUCUCUGUAAUUGGGUCGCGGCCGGACACACCACAAACCAGUGCAUCUCGCCUAUCUGACUCCCCGGCUUCUCGUCAGCCUCGUAUCCUUCGCGUGGUAGACACACCGAAAACCGAAACUCCACCCAUUGUGACCGCGCCAUCUGUGCCCGCCUCUGUGGUUGGAGGUGCUAAGUCGCGCUCUCGGAGGCAAAGUAUAUCGUCUGUUAGCAUCCCUGGCACUCCUGGUGAUCUUGGAUGGGAUGGUGAUUUCUAUGCCUCCACAACUGCCUCUCGUGCCAAUUCCCCUCCCGCCUCUUCUCGUAUCGGCUCUGCCCCCGUUCGCACCAUGACCAAGAGCCAGGUCAAGAAGGAACGGAAGCAAAAGGCCAAGGAGGCAGAGGCUAAGAAGGUCGAAACUCUAGCUGUGGAGGAGCCUGUCCAAGCUCCUAUCAUGGGUCGAAAGCGCAAGACUAAGAAGGCCCCCGCAGCCACUGUGAGCACAACUGAUGCACCCGCUGUGAGUGGUGCUGAGAAUACGAGCCCUGUGAAGCUAGCAGAGGCUUCUCCAGUGAAGGCGGAGCCCAAGGUUGAGACUGCAAAGAAAGUGAAAGUCAAGGAGGCCAAGCCUGUAAAUGAACCUACUCCUCCUCCUGUUCAAGAGCCAACUGCACAGAAGGAAAUUCCUGCGGAGCCGUGGCGUUCUAACAAUACUGUUGGACAAUUGGUCAAAGAUGCCGAGGCCCUUGGAAAGUCUAUCAAGGAUCUUUUCCUGGAGCGCACCAAGCCCCUCCAUGAGUUGCUUGCUGAGAUGCACAAAUCAGGUGAACUAGAUCUCAACAAGAGUUCACUUUUCAAUCCCAGCAAUUUGAGCCAGCGGACCGACAUGAAAUACUCGGUGCUUGAUCACCCCCGCGGGUGCGUCCUGCGCCACCUCGAGCCGGAGGAGGAAGAACGGUACCUCGAAUUGGAGAAGAACAUGGCUAUCAUCUCCGAUCCUUCCAUGAUUGGAGAUGACGCAAGCAACCCCAGCGGAGGCUUGGAAGCGCUUUUCGCCAACCCGGAAAAGUUCAACAUCUGCUGGGUCGACGAUAUGCCCACUCGCCUGGGCGCCACAUCGCCUUGUUCUUCCCUGCAGGCGGCCGAAUCCGUCAUCCCGCCGAACGUGCUCUCGGCAAUGGAAGCAGACAGCACCCGUAACCACGACUGGGCUGUUGCCAACUCGGCGGAAUUUCUCAAUACCACUCCUGCGGCCGUCCGUUCGUUCGCUGCAGCCACAGCCCAGCACAUGCUGGGCAAUCCGGGUAUGCUCGGGGCUAAUCCCACCUUGGAUGAUGUCGCCGGUCUGACCAAUGAGGAGUUGAAGGAUCUCUCCGGUCGUUCUCAGAAGGAUCUUGAGCUUACCCGGAAAGAGAUGGAAUCUCUGGACAAGAAGUUCGCCGCGCUCCUCCGACGCAAUAAGAAGCUUCAGCAGCAAGCAUUGAGUUUUGCUGCUGGAUCGGAGGUGUAG